AUGGCCCUGUCCCCGCAAGGGAUCCUGAGCGUGGAGACCCUGGACGGCUCAGACCCUGACCCGCCAGAGGGGAGCUCCUUCCUGGAGCCAGAGGCAGAGCACCACACGGACAUCAUCCUGCUGGGCUCCAGUGAGCCUUCAGAGCUGUCAUCCCCCGCUUCCCCAGGGCCCAGCAGAGAGCUCAUUGCGUAUGAAGUCAAGGUCAACGAGAGGAACAUAGAAGGGUUCUGGGGACUUGCUGGCCUCCAGGCACAGGCCCUGAGGCUGAACGGCGUGGGCCCUGUGGCUGAAGAGAACACGCUGGAGACCUACAAAACGGUGCCCGUGUGGAAGAGGGAGCCGGUCCGGGUGCUGUCCCUGUUUGGGGACAUCAGGAACGAACUAACGAGUUUGGGCUUCUUGGAACCUGGUUCUGACCCAGGAAGACUGAAACACUUAGAUGACGCCACCGAUGUAGUGAGGAGGGACGUGGAAGGAUGGGGCCCGUUCGACCUCGUGUACGGCUCCACGCCCCCCGUCGGCCACGCCUGUGACCAUCCUCCGGUGUGGUACCUGCUCCAGUUCCACCGCGUCCUGCAGUAUGCGAGGCCCCGGCCGGCCCGCCAGCAGCCCUUCUUCUGGAUGUUCGUGGACAAUCUGGUGCUGACCCAAGAGGACCGGACCGUAGCCACUCGCUUCCUGGAGGCCGACCCCGUGACCAUCCAGGACAUCUGUGGCAGAACCAUCCAGAACGUGAACGCGGUGCACGUGUGGAGCAACAUCCCGGCCGUGAGAAGCAAGCAUUCUGCCCUGGUUUCCCAAGAGGCAUUGUUCUCGCUGGCUCAGGACAGGCGGAGAAUGAAGCCCCCCGCCCAGGGGCCAGCCAAGCUGGUGAAGAAUUGUUUUCUCCCCCUGAGAGAAUAUUUUAAGUGUUUUUCAACAGGGCUCACUUCCUCUUUAUAA